AUGAAAGUCUUUAAAAUUUAUGCGAAGUAUCAUGGGAAUUACCAGCCAUUUUUGGAAGAGCCAAUGUUGAGUCAACCGUUCCUCAUCUUGAUCCUGGUGCAAUUGUGCGCUGCAGGAUGCCUGGAUUGGCUUUGCUGUUGGAAAGGGAAUGAUGAUGAUGGAAGUUGUAAAAAUGUAAGAGAAGCAAAGAGAACGGCAGCCGCGUGCGUGGCAGUAUGUGUAAGAAGUGGCUUCUGUAAAAGACAUUAUGGUUAUUUCAAAGAACCCCUACCUGAAUGUCCGAUGCAUUGGAAAGUGUCUUGCAAGACACGGGCUAAAAAAUCCGUAUGA